AUGUCUACUCGAAGGGCUUUUACUAGAAGGAAUGUGAGGGAGAAUGUGGAACUAAAAGCUCCUCCUCAAGCUCUGGUCAAUCCUUUGGCCAAACAAGUUACAAAUGCGGAGUUUAGAUCGGCUUUCCAAAUGUUGGCUCAAGCCAUGACGGCUCAAUCCAAUAGAGAUGUAGUAGUCCCUGUGAACCCAAAUAUGGUGUGGUACAACCAAUGGAAGGAAACAAGACCGGUAGGAGUGGGUCCUAUAGAGUGGAAAAUGUUUAAAUCUGAUUUUCUUGAUAGGUUCUUUCCCUCUGAGAUGGAGGAAGCAAAAGUGCUUAAGUUCAUUAACCUUUGUCAAGGAAUUAUGAGUGUGAGGGAAUAUGCUCUAAAGUUCACACAAUUGUCGAAAUAUGAUCCAACAAUGGUUGCUGAUUCUAGGGCAAGGAUGAGUAAGUUUGUAUCGGGUGAGUCCAAAAUGGUGGUUAAAGAGUGUCGUACCGCCAUGCUCAUUGGUGACAUGGACAUCUCUCGUCUCAUGGUGCACGCACAACAAAUUGAAGAGGAGAUACUCAAAGAAAAGUCUAGGGAGGUAAAAAGGGCUAAGUCCAGUGAUGGUAAUUUCUCACAUGCUAGAUCCGAUGGACAUGGUCAUCCUAAGUUUCGACAAGGAUUUUCCAGUCAAGGUUCCUCUAACGCUCCUCCUAAGUUUAACAAGGAUAGGGUGUCUAACCCUAAACCUCAAAGAGGUAAUGGAGGUGGUUCUUCUUUGGAUAGGUCUACUUGUGCUAAGUGUGGGAAGAAGCAUGAUGGUAAGUGUCUAACCGGCAUGGACGAUUGCUUUAGUUGUGGGAAUAAUGGUCACAAAAUGAAGGAUUGCCCCAUGUUUGCGGUUAAAGGGAGAGAGGGAAAGCAAGCUACUCCUAAUGGUUCAGGUUCCAAUGAUCCCAAGAAAAACCACUUCUAUGCACUUCAGGCUCGAGGCGAACAAGAGAGUUCUAUGGAUGUGGUUACUGGUUUGAUGUUCUUCCGGAUGAGCUGUUAG